AUGAACUUAUCCUCUGCAGCAGAGGUAACUCUGGGUCUUCCUGCAGCAGAGGUAACUCUGGGUCUUCCUGCAGCAGAGGUAACUCUGGGUCUUCCUGCAGCAGAGGUAACUCUGGGUCUUCCUGCAGCAGAGGUAACUCUGGGUCUUCCUGCAGCAGAGGUAACUCUGGGUCUUCCUGCAGCAGAGGUAACUCUGGGUCUUCCUGCAGCAGAGGUAACUCUGGGUCUUCCUGCAGCAGAGGUAACUCUGGGUCUUCCUGCAGCAGAGGUAACUCUGGGUCUUCCUGCAGCAGAGGUAACUCUGGGUCUUCCUGCAGCAGAGGUAACUCUGGGUCUUCCUGCAGCAGAGGUAACUCUGGGUCUUCCUGCAGCAGAGGUAACUCUGGGUCUUCCUGCAGCAGAGGUAACUCUGGGUCUUCCUGCAGCAGAGGUAACUCUGGGUCUUCCUUUCCUGUGGCGGUCCUCAUGAGAGACAGUUAACUCUAAUGAACUUAUCCUCUGCAGCAGAGGUAACUCUGGGUCUUCCAUUCCUAUGGCGGUCCU